ACUACGCUGAAUCCUCUCAGCUUUCUCUCAAGGCAUCAUCACCUCGCUUCUGUGGCGGAGAAAUCAUCAAUUUCUCAGCCAAAAAAAAUUCUCAAACUUUCCAAAAAUGCUCAAGGUAAUCAUUUCUAUAUCAAUUCGGUGGAAAAAAGUGAGAAAAAAGCAUUUAAAUGGAAAAAAUUAAAAUAGAUAAAAAGCGAGUCUCGAACUUAACCAAUUGUGUCUCGAAUACCAUCUUAGUCAGGAACAGCAAACAGGUAGUUUCGAGACAACAAUUGAUUGAUAACGCCGCGCUAGAAUUCGUUCAAGAGCUCACAGUGGGAGUUUAGAGACACGCGAGCACCUUAUCAUUUGCACGUCGAUAAGGUACGCGCAAAAGUGAGGCAGAAUAGAGAAGCAAUUCUCGUUGCGAUCUCCUCGAGAUUGAGACAAUCUCAUGGAGAGCUUUUCCAUGGCUUCACGCUAUAUAUGGCUAAUCUUAUCACAAUCCCUGACCUCAGAGACGUUUGAGAGGGACAAGACGUUGGAAAAAUUACGAAAUGGCCAAGAAAGGUGGUGUGCAGCAACUUCAAACGGAAGUUAACACCGACGAUGAGCUAAGUAAGUUCCUCGAGAGAGAAGGGCUGCUCGUGUUGGAUGUCUUCACAGAUUGGUGUGGUCCCUGCCUCGGUAUGGUGGGGAGUCUCAAGAAGAUAAAGCUAGAACUGGGUGGGGAUGAUCUUCAUCUGGCUAUAUGCAAAGUUGAUGAGAUUUCAGCACUAAAGAGAUUCCGAAAUCGCAGUGAACCAACAUGGGUGUUUGCUUCCAAGGGGAAGGUUGUGAACCUCAUGUUUGGUGCUAAUGUCCCAAAACUCAUGAAGAUGAUUGCGGAUGAAUUGAAAAUUGAGAAAAGUUUCCGCGCUGGGGAAUAUGAGCGAACAUUCUAUGCCCUGGAUGAGCUAACACCGGCUGAAGUGGAACGUGUAAAGGAGAAGGAACGUCUCGAGGAGGAAGCAACACGAGCUGAGCAGGAAUCCAUUAAGAAGAAGCGUCAGGAUUUCAUAACGCACAUUACGAAUGAAAUAAUGACCAACAUCCGUGAUCACGGUGUAAUGUUGCUCAUGCCACAAGUCCCAAAAGAUUCCUUUAGGAGGAUAUCUGAAUCUGCCGAUCCAUACGGGGUAUCGUGCAAGGAUAAACGCAUUGUGAAGCUCAUGCCGGAAAAUUUGGAGAUACUCCAUUUUGAAUGCACCAACCCACUGCCAGAUGAUGUUCUUGAGGCAAUUUUCGGGAAGGAACUCCAAGCUGUUGCAUGGAAAGUGUCCGAUCAGGAAACAAAGCCCGUUGAGGAAGUCCUGCGAAGUGUCCACGAAGCCCUGACAGUACCGCAAUCUGUUAAAACAACCAAUGAAGCUGGAGAAGAAGUUGAGGUUCAACUAUCCCCUGUACUAGCGGCAGCGGAAGUUGAUCCACCAAGAAAGACCCCAUCCCCAUUACUGGUUCUGCAGGAUCCUAAAGAGCUACUGAGUGAACCUAAGGAGGUAACGAAGGUACUCCUUCCAGCUGCAUGGACACCCUACAAUCGUCGUGCCAAUGCUGCAUUGAUUUACCUCUUCUUCCGUCAUCUCACUGAAAUCUUCCUACCACCUGACCCUGUUCCCGAUCCCCCACAUCUGGCAAUUAUUUUUGACGCCUUCAAAAAGCAAGACAUAAUGGAUGCAUGUCUCAAGCAUAAAACAGCCGUUCUAGCCUAUGGGUACUUUACUUCAGCAGAUCCAAAGACAGCAACCCUCAUUGCAAACACCAAUGAUGCCUAUGCGCAGGUGAAGCGCACCGUGAACGAUAAGUUGGUACUCAAAGUAACAAAAUCCGAGACAGAUGCAGUUCUUGAGCUUGUUUCCUUGGGUCCAUGCUUUGUGAGUCAGAAUUGUGUCCAGGGCGAAGUGGAGUGUGCCGCCUUCUUCCCCGAGGGCUAUACAAAUCGUGAAGAGGGUGAAGGUGUUGAGGAGGAGCACGUGGAGGUCAGCAAGCGGGGGAAGAAGAAGAAAAAGAAGAAGAAGGACGAAGAUACGUCAUCCGUGCAAAAUGGGCAAGAAGUGCCGGACAUUGCUGCCCUGGAGGAAGCCAUUGAGGAGCAUGAAGAUGAGAAAGUAUCCAAUGAUGGGCAUGAGAAGGAUGAUGAUGCUGCUGAAGGUUAAAUUUUGCAUAGACGCACAAAACCAGCUUGAUAGCCAAUUGCAUAGUAUUUGCUGGCCCUCUCAUUGGGAUUGAAGGCCACCCUGUUGAUCCUUGUUAAAGGGUAUUCAGCCACAUGACGACUCCUGAAGACUUUUGUUGCUUUCAAAUCAACCGCCUGAUGUAGAGAAAAGAAAUUUUAAAUAAAAUUAAAAGAAAAAUUAACAAAUUAAA